AUGCGGAUUAAUGUCGCAGGGUUGCGACCGGAGCACGCGAUCAGCGGCCUCGAGGUGAACGUCGAGGCCGGCGCCGAGGGGCUUCGGCGUGACAUUGCGGAGCGGAUCGGCGCUGUGCCGGAGCGGCUGCGACUCAUCCACAUGGGGCACCUAAUUGACGACUCCCGGCCGCUGAGUUCUUUCCUUCAGGAGGGCACGACGAUUCACGUCGUACCCAUUACCGGCCCGAUUCUUCCAUCAGGGCCCUCAGCAGGAAACAGCAGCAGCAACAACAAUUAUGAGCAAGGCGGAGCUUCCGCUGGAAAUUUGCCUGAGCUUGCGGCCGUCUGGCGGGGAAUCCCGGAUCCUCUUUUAGGCCUAAUCCAGCACUCGCUCUCAGGCUUGGUGGGGCAAACGACUGGGCGGACCCCAGUGAUGUUCCAGGGUGGAAUUGUGGGGGGUGGAAUGGGGAGCCCUCCCACAGAAAAUUCGCAAUCGCCGCAACCGCAGCAGCCCCAACAACGAGCACAGCCACAGCAACCCGCAGAAGGGCGCCCACAGCAGCAGCAGCAGCAUCGCGUUUCUUUUUCGUAUGCUAUUCCGACACCUGAGACGUUUACCCCCACGCCUGUGCACGUCCACGUGCACGUCACGCUGGAGGACCUCGAACAACUCCCCGAACGCCUGGAAAGGUUUCGGAGUCGAAUGCAACCUUCUGGGCUCAAUGCGAGUCUGCACGUUGAGCGCGGGCCUCUUCCAAAUACAAACAACUCCUUCGCCCAGCCUGCGGAGACAGGAACGACAGCACCGAACAACGACAACUAUAACACUAACAAUACCAAUUCUACUGGGAAUGAAAACGGGGCCGCCAAUGCCUUGCCGCAAGCCAUGGGUGAAGUAGAAAACGCAUCGGGUGAGGUGCCGCCGGGGGGCGACGAAGAAGCCACCCAAAGCGAAGAUCUUUUACAUACUUUUUUUUCUGAUCUACCCCCCGCGAGUGUGCUUCAACUAAUUAUGGGUAACUUUUCCGUGCUUGCGCCUUUGCGGCAGCGCGUGGUGGAAGCAAUAAGCCAAUUUGGAGUCCCGCCCGAAAGAGCGGCACAAAGCGCGGAGUGGGAAGAUUGGCGGCGCCACUUGGAUGGCGAGCUUGGCCCGUACAUCGAGGACUUUGAAAGCGACCCCGCAGUUAUGGAGUAUGUUGCUAGGGAGGCGCGCCCCCAAGGCAAUUUCCUACCCGAGUUCCGAAGGUACUUGGUUUUUGUGUGGGAAGAAGUCGUUCGCGCCACCUUAAACCCGGUUGCGGAUAGUAGCGAAUGGGUGCGCGAAUUGAAAGUGGCUUCUGCUCGCGCCCUCGGAGUCGCCGCCGAACGCGCUUCCAUCUGGUUUGAGAGGGGCUUGGAAGGCCUGGGUGGGUUUUUUGUUUUGCUCCUUCAGUUCGCGCUUUCCCGCGCCACCCACAGCCGAGCCCAAGCCCAAGCCCAGCCCUUCUUGCAGAUGCUGUCGCUAAUGCGGGGCGCCCUGUCGGGUUUCCUUUCUACAUGGCACGCGGAAUACUUGUCGCGGCACCGGCGAGACACAGACAGCUCCAUCUUUGAAGGGGCGGCGGCGCCCGUGCCGGAGCGAAACAGCGAGGCCGACGACCUUUUGGACGACUGUCUCGAUGAAUUAUGCUCUGGCAACAAUGAAGGGGCGGGCGAUGAAAGGGGUGCCGCCGACCGCGUUUAUGGGAAUGCAGACGGGGUUCGCAUCGCGCUGCGCGCCUUCGGUGGAAUGCCGAGCGGCGAAGAAGAGGACUAUCUGCCGACGCGCCCAGCGCUUCCGCCUCGAGCAGCCGCCCGCCAACGCCCACAACAGCUCCACAAUGUGGAAGCAUCUAAAGAAGUGAAUGCGAACAGAUGCGAGGCUAAAAAGUCAAGAAAAGAAGAUAGGGGAGAGGGGCGGCAAUUAAAGAGGAAAAAAAAACGGGGAAAAUAUGGCUUUUGCGGGUUUCGGAGAGGCGAAUUAGAAAAAAAAAAAAGGUGGCGCACCUGCGCCAAAGGGAGGCCCCAGCGCUGCUGUGUUUUGUCUCUUGCCUGUGCUGCCGUUCUUUUUGUCAUUGCUAAUGUUUUUCGCUCCCAAACCCGGGCGCCCACGCCGCCGCCAAUUGCCAGAACGGGAGUCCGCACGCAGAAAGCGGCACGUGGAAUUUGUUUGUUCACUUUUGUCCACCCACCGCUUUUGCUGUUUGCUUUCGCUUUUGUGGGCCAAGCCCGUGACCUGCGAGCUGCGCAUUUCUUUUUUUCUUGCCGUUGUUUCUCGCGCUCCCGCGCGCCAACUAGGAGCACAGGGCACGCCCGCCCGCACGCACCAACAGCAGAGCCCCGUGCAAAUGGCGCGCGGAACCCGACUUUUUAUGCUGAAAGUUAUAAUUUUUCUUUCUCAAACGAAAACGCGACGCCCCCGCAGGGCCAGCUUAACAAUCGCUACUCCGAGCGGAUUUGGCAGGGCGUUGCGCUUCCAACACCGGGGGCCGCGCAGGCCGAGCCAGCCACGAAGUGCACGAGCCAGUGGCUAACCAAAGUGAAGCCCAGGCACCUCGAACCCCCCCCCCCCCCCCCCAAAAAAAAAAAAAAAAUUCGCACGCCGGGCCGCAAGGGACGCGCAGCAGAAUAA